GAGCAAGAGACUGAAAACGACAAAGUUGAACGACCAGCGGCUGAAGCGCGUUCCAGUUUUGUGGACGGCGUCAGCUUCGCGUUGUGUUGACCGACGGCACGAAUGCAAACAUCCGAAGCUCCGUCUAAUACCACGACUGUGAAGACAUCUGGCGUCGUCAUGCUCAAGACUGUGGGAUCGUCAAACUGCCAGUGACGCAGAUCUCCGGUAAAGCCGUUUAUGGGCUGGAUAAGACUGAUGAUUCAUGACACUUGUCUGGGAACCUCCGCGAUAUUCCUUCGAAGGAAGUGACAGUCCUACGGCCUUGUCAUGGCACUAGACCUGCGCAAUGUUGUGGUCAACCUCAAAGCCCUGUCGGUGACCAGUGCCGCAGUGGACGCGUGCAAACUGGCACUGGCCAUAACGACGCUUGUCCGCCUUCAGCCCAACCGUGGCUACGUAUUCUUGGCAGCGUUGGGACCCUGGUCAUUGGCCACCAAGAUAGUCAUCGUAGUCGCCAGUAUGGUGGGUUACGUGCUCGUCUUCUACGGAGCUGCUAAGGAUGACCGUCGAUUUUUACUGAUAGCUGCGGUAAUAUUCGCUGUCUCGGUAAUAUUCCGUUGUAUGUUUAUGGUUGAGGGCGCCCUUGUGGUUGUGCAAGAAGACAUCACCGCAACGAUAACAGCAUCGACCGCGUCUAUGACUCCUACAGGUGCUGGCCUGUACUUCGCCCAUCAAGCGCCCCACACAACACCGGUUGACAACGUGCCCGUGAUCAGUGUCGCCAACCCCAUGUCGACGACUUUCCGUAUCCUGCAAGUGAACGUCAUCCACGCCUGUUCCAUCGCGGUCCACAUCAUUUUCUUCAUCGUUCUUCGCAAGUACGUGCGCUGCUCCAAGCUGAAACUUCGACCAGAAGACGUGCCACCAUCUACGAGGACAUGACCGUGCGAAUAAUCGGACCAGUUUCAGUUUAUCGCUCAUGUCAUCUGGUAAGACGGGGAGACUCCAUGUGUCAAAAUGUUAUGAGUCGAGAGGUUACGGAUGCAGCGUAUGGAGGAGUGCAAGAGUAACGCCCAGUGGUGCUGUCAAAAUUAUGUACGUGUUUCUGCUACCUUCUACUAAUAUGCUGCGUACUGAACGGUUAUCAGUGUGCCAGCGUUUAUAGUGCCGACUUUCUGUAAGCGCUUUUUCGUGCUAUCGUCCUAUGCACCCGAAUUUACCGCUUCACCACACGAUUGUCUCACUGACAAACGGAGAGUACACGUGAUUAAACGUGAUUACACGUGA